AUGAGAUAAAAAUUAUAACUUAAAGGAGACACUUCACUUUCGUAAUCAGCAAUAUAAAGAAGAAAUUCAAAUCAAAGAUACAAGUCUCCAAUCCAAGGAAGAAAAUUAUUUUUAAGUCAUGUGAUUUAGACUCCAUUAAGUUAAUAAUAUGGAUAGACUCAGCAAUAAUAAUAAUAACAUCAACAGAACCAAAUUAUAUAGGGAAGAUCACAUAGUCAAUCUAAUGUAGUAUUUCAGGAUGAGAUUCCUUAGAAAUGGCCAAUAAUACAAUUGCCAUUCCUAAAGAAUACAGAGCCAACCAUAUUCUUCUAGUACCCUCCAGUCUGUGAGGAUAAAAGACCUUUAGUGAAUGCCAGACCUAUGACAGAAGAGGAAAUCAAGAAGUACUCAUUAACAUGCAAAGUGUUGGGGUCUGCUCCAUAUAAAUGCGUAUUAACCUCAUUUGAUUGGGCAGGCUUUAAAAGAAUAGAUGAAGAUGACGAAGAUGAGGAAUGGAAUGUGUAAUGGGGAAUUGGCAACAAAACAACUUUGAGAAACAUGAAUAGAUUUUAAAAAAUAAAUCAUUUCCCAGGAUGUUGGAAUAUGGGUAGAAAAGAUUUAUUAUGGUUAAAUUUAAGUAAAUUCAAAAGGAAAUACCCUAAAGAAUAUAAUUUUAUUCCAAAUACUUAUUUAUUGUAGUAUGAUUACGAUAGGUUCAUAAUGGCCUAGGAAGCUGCUUAGAAGGAUACGUUGUGGAUUAAGAAACCUUGUGCAGAUUCUAGAGGAAGAGGCAUUACAAUGGUGAGCAAGAAGUCAAAGGUUAAGAGAGACAAAAACUUUUUAAUUAUGGAUUACAUUUAUAAUCCUCAUUUAAUUAAUGGAUUCAAAUAUGAUUUACGAGUCUAUGUCUUAAUAUCAUGCUUUGAUCCCUUGAGAGUGUAUAUGUAUAAGGAUGGCCUGGUAAGAUUUGCUACUCAGAAGUACUCUACAAAUUCAAAGGAUCUAACCAAGAGGUAUAUUCAUUUGACCAAUUUUGCUGUGAAUAAACUAUCACCCAAUUUUGUAAAGAAUUAAAACUCUUAAAAAGAUGAUGAAGGAUCAAAAUGGUCUCAUCAUGCCUAUCGAAAAAAACUAGAUGAAUUAGGAGUUGAUUCAAGAGAAUUGUUCAAUAGAAUUAAAGAUGUGGUGCUAAAAACUUGUAUUGCAACAGAACCAUUUAUGUUGGAUAGUAAUGCCAAAUCUCAAGAACACAGAUAUGGGUAUUUUGAAUUAUAUGGAUUCGAUGUACUCAUUGAUGAAAAUCUUAAACCUUGGGUAUUAGAGGUCAAUGUGUCGCCAUCUUUGAAUUCCAGUUCGCCUCUAGAUAAAAAGAUUAAGACCUCUUUAAUUUCAGAUGUCUUACACCUUGUCGGAGUGCCGCUUUGGGAUAAGAAGAAUUACAAAAUUUCAUCCCCUCCCAAAUAUAAUCAAAGGAAUAUAAAAGAAAUCCCAAAUAUCAACACUUCCAAUUGCUUGAAUAAGUUAUCGUAGAAUGAUUUCAAUAUGCUCAUUCAAACUGUGGAAGAGGUUAAAAGAAGAGGGAAGAACUUUUCAUGCAUAUUUCCAAACCCUAAAACUAUUCACUAAUAUAUGGAUCUAUUUGAAUUUCCUAGAUAUAAUAAUAAACUGAUUGAACGCUUUUAUCAAGACAGAUGUAAUUGGUUGUCUAGAUUUAAUUGA